AUGUUCAAAGGUCCUGACUGGGAUAUCAACGCCAUCUUCACCAGAGGCCCGUGUCACGCGACUCUGGAAACCAACAAGGAGUAUCUCUUCACAGGUGCGGUUUUCACUAGGUUACCCAAGUUCCAUUGCCAGCACUGGUUAGAAAUGCUUACAGCCUCAUGGCCUACUCUAGACUAUUGACUUCAUCUUGUACAAGAAAACAAGUGCUUUAGAAAAUGCAUUCUCUAUACACAUUUAGAAUAACUCAAAAGCUUACGCGUUAACAAAUUCUUUAAUCAUUAUAAAUGCUUAUGAAAUGGAGUGUUUAUAAUGCUUAAAUGUUUACAACUAAUGAAUUACUUAUUUAUUAUGAUGAUAAAUUCCAGUGUUCCGGGCUGCAUCGGUAUGUCUGCCUGCUCCAGGGUGCAGUUUCCCCAAGGGAUGGAUCUAGGAUCAUUUCUUUCCCACAAUCCUAACCUUAUGUGGAAAAAACGGAUCUAAGAUCAGCAUCUAGGGGCAGCUUUACCCUACAGCAUGUUCAUGACUCACUAUCUCUUUCUGCAGGCAGGCUGAAUACUGAUGGAACGGUGCACGUAAUAAUGUGACUUCAUUCAGUCCUGGGAGGCUUUGAGUGACACACAAAUGAGGAGCUUGACUUGGCGCUACCAAAGCAGCUGUGAUUGCACAGUGUGUUUAGUCAGUUUUGUUCAGUAUUUACACAGCACACUUAGAGUACUCUGGUCACAUUGGUAAAACACAUGAGCUAGAGUAUUGAGGUAAUGAUCAGUCAGUGAUCUUGGUCUUUCUCUCUCCCUACUCUGAUACACAUCAUCCCCUGCUCUUCCCUCCCCUGUCCAAUCAGCGUCCCAGAUGAGUGCCUGUGGAUGGACAAUGGCAAAAGCGGACCCUGGGCCAGAAACGUUGCCUGCAUCAAGGUGGGUGACGGGUCCUGUGCCUGGUACAAGGGAUAG